AUGCGGCGCCGGCGCUGGGAGCGGCGCCGGGCCAACGACGACAGCAACCAAGAGGAAAGAGGUCCUGCAGGGCGACCUCAACGCAGCACCUCUUCGCGGAGCCGUUCGAGAACGCCAGCCCGCAAGGGCGGCCAUGAAAGCCGCCGACGAUCGAGAUCCUGUUUCCGGGGUGGCCCGAACGGGGCCGACCAGACGCCAUCGGCUGGCUCCAAGGACGGCCGCCGCUGGGAGACGAUGGGGAAAGGAGGCAGUCGAAGCUCGAGCGGAAGACGCCGGGGAUCCCGUUCGACGUCCCGGACCAGAUCGAGAACCCCUGCCGAGUCCAACCAAACGGAGAUACUCGCCGAGAAAAAGGCGGGCUGA